GAAGACAAGGCAAUCAAGGGAAUCAACAUGGCGAUCAGUCGUGUUUUGUUUCAUCGUUGUUAGUCCAAGAUUUUGUGUUUCUAAAUGCUUUAAAAAUUCUUCAACCUCGAGCAAGACCGUCGAAAGGAAUAGUUUGUAAAAAGAUGUGGAGUGUUUACGUGCGCUCUUUAAAUUAAAAAUAAUUAACGCCUGCCUCUUACUCGUAAUAUCACGCCCGUCUGAAAUGUAUCGACUUCUUCACCCAAGACAAUCAUCUCACCGUGGAGAAGUUUUAAUUUCCGCAAGAAUAAUUUCCACCGAUAUAUCACAGGAUUGCCUCAUUUUACAGACUUCAUUGAGUUAUAUCUUUAACCAGACCCGUACUCACAGACGAUUACUUCCAUAAACCGUGUCUGUUUCAAGAGGAAAAAGAAUUCACUCGACGUGAACUCCUGGAUCUGUCGGCUCGCUCGUGCAUAGCAACGCAGUUGCAUAUUACGACUGAUAAAUGCCCGGAGUUUGCCCGCGUUGCCUUCGCGAGGUUUACUUCGCCGAGGAGAAAUUGGCCCUUGGAAAAGUCUGGCACACCUUCUGCUUCUCGUGCCGUAACUGUCGAAAGCUGCUAGAUAGUUGUACGGUGACGACACACUGCGGGGAGCUGUUCUGCAGGAAUUGUUGUACAAGGCUGUUCUCCUCCACGGUGCAACCUCCAUCACCUCCUCCUAGCCGAAUCGUCCCGCCAGCGGAGCCGAGAAUCCCGACACCAGCUGCUCCGGUCGUCCCGGCAUCGGCUUGUGAAUCAUUAACGGACUGCUGUUGUUGCUGCUGCUGCGAGGAGAGCGCCUUGGGCGAACCGCACUGCGACCCCAGAGGAUCGAAUAAUAAGCGGAGGCUCCACGGUGGUGGUGGCGAGGACGAGGAGCCCGAUUAUCGGCUCGAGGUCGACGGCAGACGUUGCUCCGAAAGCGACUACUCGAACCUGGGGGUCGUCAGCUCGGUCACGACCCUCAAUCCCCCGCCCAGCCCUACGGCUGUAACUGCUUGGUACAAUCGACAGCACUCUGCUUCUCAAAGCACCUUUGCGAGUCAGCCGUGUGCAGGAAAACGACCUGCUCGGCCAUCUUCAGCUUCCGGUGUCCGAAACAAUUGUGUUUGCACGAACGAAACCAGUGUACAUCAUUGCAACAUCAACGGAGUUAAAGUUGCAGCCCCUCACAGACUUGGAAGUCCUUGCCGCUCAGCGCUUCAGCAACAGCAACAGCAACACCAAUAUCGACAACAUAACCACCAGUCCCAUAAUUCGCAACAGCAACAACUGCCUCAGGAGAGUAAAAAUUUCAACAACAAUCCACCAACAACCUUCGUCCAUCCUCGACCAUCUUUGAGGUCCAGGAGUCCCGGAGGACGAACCGCGGGUGGCGGCGGAUGCUGCGAUCCCCGGCAAGACGACGGCGGAGGUGGAGGCCGUUGCUGUGCCCCGAAACUUCCACCUGGGUGCGAGUGCCUCGGAGGAGGCUUGGACUGUCAGCGUUGCGGUCGGAAAGUUUACCAGGCAGAGAUGCAGAUCGUGUCCGGGGUACCGUACCACAACAUUUGUUUCAGUUGCUUCUGUUGCCGCAAACCUCUAGAGCCGUUGACCUACCAAGAGAACUGCGGCGAGAUUUAUUGCAAACAGUGCUACGUCCGGAACUUUGGACCUCAGGGAUACGGUUACGGUGCGGGAGCAGGCGUGCUGCAAACUCCCAUGUAACCUGAGAACCGAUUGCUCCAUCUAUAUUACUUGCGAAUUCGACUCGACUGGUCUCCCACUUUCGGCGACUUCGAUCAACUUUUCAUUUUGACUCGAUUUUCUUUCUAUUACGACUUCUACCCCA